CGAUAGACGAAAGCAGCAUGGAGGCAGCACCCAGACUUGUUCUACUGGUCUUAGCUGUUAGCCAGGCCCUGCUGUGCUGGGCAGGCACCACAGCGCAGCAGGUAGACAGCCCUGUAGUGAACACCGUGACCGGACAAGUCCGUGGGACCAUCCGCCUCGCCACCGACCUGCCCAAAAAGCCAGUCUACACCUACUACUCCAUCCCCUACGCCGCCCCACCGGUGGGGGAGCGGCGGUUACGACCCCCGGGGCCUGCCCUACCCUGGGGUGGGGUGCGAGACGGGACCAAGCUUGGCCCCUUCUGUCCGCAGGACCUGAUGUUACUGGAGGGCAUGGAUGUACCCAUCAGACUGGAACACACCAAUGUGAGCGAGGACUGUUUGACCGUCAACGUCUACAGCCCGACUUUGGCAGAAAACGCUGCUUUACCCGUCCUCCUGUACAUCCACGGCGGCGGGUUGAUGGUAGGCAUGGGCUCCCAUCAUGGGUUUGAGGGGCUGGCGGCUCACCAGGACGCCGUGGUCGUCACCUUCAACUACCGCCUGGCGAUGCUGGGAUUUCUCAGUACGGGAGACAGCCAUGCACCCGGCAACUAUGGACUACUGGACCAGGUCCAGGCCAUGGUUUGGGUCAGGGACAAUAUCCGGAACUUCGGAGGGGACCCAGACAAAGUCACGCUGUUCGGAGAGUCCGCCGGAGGCGUCAGCAUAUCCUACCACUACCUGUCGCCUAUGAGUAAAGGUCUGUUCAACCGAGGCAUCUCCCAGAGCGGCAUCUGGCAAACCAUGCCAUUCAACACCGACCCACUGCCGGUCGCCAAGUCGCUAGCAGAGGAGCUAGAGUGCGCCACGGAGACUACAGCCAUCAUGAUGGAGUGUUUGCGUACCAAACCUUUUCAGGACAUCAUUGAAAAAAGCAACGUUCUGUUGGAACGGUUUGCCGUGGAACCGUUCGUUCCUACGAUAGACGGGACGUUCAUGAAGGAACAUCCCAUGGACCUGUUUGAACGGGGGCAUAUCAACAAGGCGGACUACAUCGUUGGGGUGAACAACCACGAGUUCGGCUGGAUGCUGGCACUGGCUGUGGCAGGGGAGUCGUACGGAUCCGCGAUACUGGCGGAGUACCGGGACCCGGACCAGCCGGACGACCCGAUGGCGAUUCAGCACCAGUUCACUCAGAUGUACGGGGACUCCAUGUUCGUCGCGCCGGCCGUGCUGGCUGCAGAGAAACAUGCAGCCGCCGGAGCUCGUGUGUUCCUGUAUGAGAACCAGUACCGACCCUCGGUGUUCCCCAACAGGCCGGAGUGGGCCGGAUCAGACCACUUUGACGAGAUGCUGAUGGUAUCCGGAUUGCCCUUCAUGGAGCCCCAAGACCUUCCGGAUCCGGUAACCUACAGCGAAACGGAUAGGAAAGUCAGUCUGGAGUUCAUGGCUUACUGGACGAACUUCGCAAGGACAGGGAAUCCAGCCGACUCGACCGGCGGCCCGACAGACAGCCCCUCCCUGCCGGCCUGGCCGGAGUACACACCCGACAACCCGGUCUACAUGAAGCUGGGCCCGGUCCCGACAAUAGGCGUCGGGCUCAAGCCUCAGAGGAUGAGACUAUGGAACACAAUCAUCCCCAGUCUAGAUGCAGCAGUAAAAGAUGAACUAUGACACAACUUCUUCUU